UUGAAAUCGGCGCGGUUGUUCGCCGAAUUCGUUCUAUAUUGCUGUGAAGAUAUCGUAAUUUUCUUUUUAUCGUUAUAAAUAUUAAAAUUGUUGAGGAUAUUGCAUAGUAGUUAUGGAGGAUUGUGAAAUGACAGAUAUUCAAAGUAUUGGCCCAAAUAACUGGAAUAUUUGUGAACGUCAACCACGAUUAAAAAUUGGGGGACUUUAUACUGUACGGCGAUCCGAUGAUACAUGGCAGUCAGCUGAGGUAUUGCAGACCCGUUAUAAUGACAAAAAUGGCCACAGGGAGUACUUCAUCCAUUAUGAAGGCUGUAAUCGUAGGCUUGAUGAAUGGGUACCUCUAGACAGAUUUGAUUUUACAUCAAGCAGGGACAAUUUUAAUAACCAGAUGGCCAGCCGGAUUGAUCAAACUAACAGAAAAAUCACUCGAAACCAAAAGCGAAAGCAUGAUGAAAUCAAUCAUGUUCAAAAGAGUUAUGCAGAAAUGGAUCCUACUACUGCUGCUCUUGAAAAAGAACAUGAAACUAUUACAAAAAUAAAGUAUGUGGAUAAGAUACAGUUAGGAAAGUUUGAAAUUGAUACUUGGUACUACUCUCCAUAUCCGGAUGAAUACGGAAAACAGUCAAAGCUUUGGUUAUGUGAAUUUUGCUUAAAAUAUAUGAGAUUAGAAAAGACUUACAGAUAUCACCAGGCUGAAUGCACCUAUCGUCAACCACCUGGAACACAAAUCUACUCUAAAGGUGCAAUAUCAGUUCAUGAAGUUGAUGGGAAGGAUCAUAAGCUAUACUGCCAAAAUCUGUGUCUGCUGGCCAAGUUAUUUUUGGACCAUAAAACACUAUAUUUUGAUGUAGAACCAUUUACUUUUUAUGUUCUGACUGAAUAUGAUAAAAUGGGCUCGCAUCUUGUGGGCUAUUUCUCAAAAGAAAAAUCAUCAGCUGAUGGAAAUAAUGUAGCAUGUAUACUUAUAUUUCCACCAUUCCAAAGAAAAGGAUAUGGAAAAUUUCUUAUUGCAUUUAGUUAUGAGCUGUCUAAGAUAGAGCAUGUUAUUGGUUCUCCAGAAAAACCAUUAUCUGACUUAGGAAAACUGAGUUAUAGGAGUUACUGGUCAUGGAUCAUUUUAGAUUUAUUGAAGAAACAUAAAGGUUAUUUAUCCAUUAAGGAAAUAAGGUACUUGAAAUCUUAA